CUGAAAGUAUUUACCUGUAAUUGAGUUAUUGUAUCAAGAAAAUGGGGAACAAGCGAGUGAUGCUACCGGCGAGUGAAGUUGACUUGACGGCGGUGAAGUACAUACCGGAGAAUAUUCAAGCUCCACAUUUGACUGGUUUCUGGUUCAAGUUCUUUCUGAACCUGGCUGAAGUACCGGGUAUUGGAUCUUUGAUUAUGAAUCGCCUCAAGAAUGAUAACAAAUUCGACGAGAAGCUGAAGUACACCGUCAUACCGGAGUGCCCUAUGUUUAAACCCGAAUUUCCUCCUCAAGAGCCAGAACCUGCUGUUGUCAACAUAGAAGAAGACGCGAAGCCUGAAGACCGGGUUGAACUGGCCUUGAAGUGUCUUCCAGAAUAUGAUCCAGCUAGCAAUUGGAGUGGUGAUAAAACUGCAUCAUUCCGCUAUUGGAAGAUUCGUGAUUAUGCAUAUGCAUACAGAUCUAAGUUUACAACUCCAUUGAUGGCAAGACACUUCUAUGGUUGCUUGGUUUUUGUUUCUGUCUUCUAAUCUCUAGGAUGAGAAG